CCAUCCAGCUCAGAGAACAAAACUACAUCAAAAUCACCCACCUGGGCUACAAAUCUUCUCCAGCAUCUUAGUCUUGAUCUAUUUUUGAUGUCAAGUCAAACAUUACCUUCCAUUCGUCUUUUCGGUCUCCGUUAAGCCGAGCCAGAUCAGUCUGAAGGCGAUAUCAUUAACACAGACAAAUCAGUUUCAGUCGUAACAGUUAGGUACAAUUUUAAUUACAGUCGUCAAACUUGAUAAAGUAUUGCUGAAAAUAUCUCUUCAACUUACGACUAAUGGAACAUAUUCCUGCUAUGGGUAAAACAAAUAUAACACAAUUUAUAUGAGUUAAAUAAAGAAUAGAUUUAUCAUAAGUAUAAUGAAUUAUAGCGUAAACAUUACUAAAAAAAUUGUUUGAUUCAGUUCAUUUACCUCAGCAAAUGAACAUCGAAUUUGAUACAAAGCAGAUAAAUGAGUUUUCCUAUGCCACGUUUUUAAACAACAGUAGAUGUUUGUAUGAUGGUAUUUUCGUUACAUGUGUCUAUAAAUAAUCACAGAAAUCAGGUGCCGCCCCCCUCGACAAAUAACCGAGUUCGUUCUAUUCAUUUCCCGAGAUAAAAAAUGUGUUUGUCAUUCUACACAAAUGUGAAGUGUAAUCUAAUUUUAGAUACGACCUGUCUAUCUCUUCUUCAAUUAUGUUUGGCUAGUUUGUUGAAGGGGAACCGUUUAUUAAGUGUGCGCAUAUAUAUAUAUAUAUAUAUGGAUGUUUGUUCAUCCAUCUUUGUCUGCUUCUAUUAGAGAAGUGUCACAUCGUCAAAACAUGUAUUAAUACGUGUGUCUGUAAUUUUUGUUAAUGUAAAAUAAUGAUAAUGAUAAACCUGUAUAUAUAUAUGUAACCAUAGUUUCAUUGAUGACCUUAGUUUUUGUGGAAUGUAUACUAUAUCUUUUUCAUCAAAAAGAAAAUAAAGACAAAUACACCCAUACAUCAUAGUAGAACUACACAACUAUAACAAUGUCUCCUGUUUUACAAAUGACAAAAUAUAAUGAAAGUCAUAAGGGAUUCUACGGAAAUGUCUUCUUUGAAAAUGGAUUUUAAUUAAGUAAACACAAAUAAUCAGUGGAUAUUUAUUACAUAUUACAUAUUAUAUAUAUAUAUAUAUAUACAUAAAUACACACACUUGUACAUGACACAUAAACUAAUGAACAUAAAAGGACAACGGUGUAUACUAUACAUUUAUAUUUUUUUGUUUUAAAAAAAUGAUAAAAUGAUAGUAUUUCCAUUUGAUUUGAAAUGGAUUAAUUAGUAUAUUUUGAUUUUGAACAGAAACGAAUGUCUUCAAAUUAUCCACAAUCUAAUAAAGAUAAUGAAACUUGUCAACAUGAUUUAUUACUUGAUAAACAACGAUUUAAAACAUAUAAUAAACAUAAUAAGAACAAUAUUAAUGAUAAUCGUUUGAAAAUAGUAUCAAAUCAUAUUACUUCUUCACUGGGUCAUAAUCUACAACGUAUCCAGUUGACAACUGCAACAACAUUAAGUACAAGUGGUUGUCCAAUGGAAUAUGCCAGAAUUAAUACAACAGUAGAUAUUGUUCCUUAUGGAAUACAACAGAGUAAGAAUAGAAGUUUAAAUGCUGCAAUGGUUGCUCAUCUUCAUCAAUUAGAAGUACGUAAUCAAAGAUUGGAAAAAGAGAAAAUUAGUCUUGAACAUCAAUUGGCUCAUAUUCUUAAACGGUUGACAACAGAUCAAACUAUUAACAAAAAUGAACAUUCGAACAAUGAAAACAGAGGUGAAGAACAACAACAAAAUCAAUCAUUUUCAUGUGUUAACCAGAGUGAACAAGCAUUAGUUGAAGAGAAAGGUAAUAUUCAUCGGUAUAGUGAGAAAUCAUCAUUGAAACAUGCACCAAUCGCUUGUUUUGAUGAUGUGUCAGAUAAAAGAAGUUUACUCGAAUCAUUAAGUGGAUUUAGUUUAGGUGAAUAUUCAAGCUUAUCCGAUGCUUACGAUGAUAUUUGUUUAAAUAAAAAUCCUUUGAAUGAUGUAAAUGAUUCAGAUCUAUCAGAAUUAUUUUACACUGAACAAAAAACAUUAGCCCAUGAUGAUAGGUGUAUCACAAAUCAACUAAUCACUGAACAAUCAACACAUAAAGAAAACACCGUGAUGAAUCAAAAUGAAGUUGAUAAUAAGCAAUCAUUUAUGAAAUUUGAGAAGGAAAUAAAACAAUCUAAAAAAUAUUUACCACUUUCGCCUGAGGAAUUAUCGAUUUAUCGACCGGAUGAUAAAGCCCAUCAUGAUGACAACGAUAACAAUAGUGAAAGUUACUAUAACACUAGCACAUCAUCGAUUAGUCCAUCACCGAAACCUGGGAUUCAACGAAGAACAUUAUCAUCUCGUAUGAGAAGAGUUAUCCCGACACGUAACGAAAGAUUCUCUAGUUCACUCUCUGUUGAAUCGUAUGACUCAUCAAGUGAUUCUAUGAUCAUCAACAACCAUGAAAUGUGCGAUAAUGAACAGUUAAUUAACUUAAAUUAUUAUAAUAACAUGCAUAAUCAGUCUACAUCCUUACCAGUCUCACCAGUUACCCCGAAAAAUUGGAUGUCUAAAAACGAUUUCUUAAAAUCGAUGAAAGAUGAUACAACGAAAUCAAAACUUUCUUCAAAAAUCAAUACAAUACUUGAUUCAAGCAAUAUUUCUACACUAUAUUCGGGUGGAAUACGUAAAAGUAUUCAUCAACAAAAUAGUUCAAACAUGAGAGGAUCUAAUAUUUCUGAAGUUUCCAAUCCAACUACUUUUAGUUCAAAUACACCACAAUCACAAAAUAAAAAUAGUAUGAUAUCUAUAAACAAAAAUAACCUGAUUAAUGGUCCACCAAAAAUUCACAUAUCAAGAAAACACUUAUGUGAACCAAAAGAAUGUUUACAAUUUAGUGAUACAAGUAGUUCAAUGAGUCAAACUGAAAAAUCUGAAAAUAAUUUAUUACAAUCAUCAUUAUCUCAUAUUAAAAAUAAUAAAACAACUACUUUAAAUAAUAAUAAUAAUCAAUCAAUCAAUUGUAGUAUAAUAUCUCAUUUAAAAAAAUCAAUAGAACAAAAUAUACAAUCUACAAAACAUAAUAUAUCUUCAAAUAUAAAUCAAUCAACAUAUAAUGUUUCAAUGAAUCAUUUAUCUUUUAACCAAUCAAUGAUUGAAUCAUCAACAUCAACAUCAUUAGAAGAUCGAUUAUCAUAUAUAAAAUUAAAUCUAGGAUCAAUAAAUGAUUUUUUAAAUACUAAUUUAGAAACUUUAUUUUGUAUUGAUUUAAAUUAUUUAUUAAUUAAUCAAAAAAAUCAAUUAGCUUUAAAAUAUUUUUCAAAAUUUAUUCAAUUUAUUGAUGUAUUUACAUGUAUAUCAAAUAAUUCAUAUUUAUUACAAAAUAUUCAAUUAAAUUUAAUACAUUUAAUGCCUAUUAUAAUAAUAAAACAAACAAAAAAUAAUAAUACCAUAAUAAAUUAUGAUCAAUCAAGUGAAACAAAUUCUGAAUUAAGUUUCUAUCAAACUAUUAGUGUAAAUCAAUUUUCGGCAAUAGAUUUAAAUAAAACAAAUGAUUCAUUAUCCAUUAAAUCAUUAAAACAAUUUGAAAAUUUAUCAAAUAAUUUAUAUAAUUUAAAAUUAAAUACUAUUGAAUCAUCUAAUCAAAUGAAUUUAUUAAAACAAUCUAAUUUAUUUGAUAAUUUAUCCAUAUUUAAUGAUAUAAAUAAAUCAUUAAUAUGUGAGAAUUAUUCAGGUAUUUUAUUAAAAUUAAAUAAUCAUUUAAAAAUAUGGCAUCAUUAUUGGUGUAUACUUACAUCGAAAGGUUUAUUUUUGCAUCAAUAUCAAUCAACAAUUACAUUGAAUCAAUCUACAAUAAUAAAUCAACCAAAAAAAGUUAUUCUUUAUACAGAUAUUCAUAAUGUUCGUCGUCCAACAAACAUGUCAACAUCAAUAAAUCAAUUAAUGUGUACAAGUUUACCUAAAAAUGAUUCAUUAUUAUUAAUAUCAUCUGGAUCAGCAACAACAGCAACAAUGUCAACUAUACGUAACAAUAUAGAAACACGUCCAAAUGUCAGUGCACCAGUUUCACGAAAAUUUACAUAUAUUGAAAGUAUGCCUAAAAUUCGUGUAGAAAAAUAUUUUGAAUUGGUAUUACAUGAUAAAAGGGUGUAUCGACUACGCGGUGUAACUAGUCAAGAAACGACGAAGUGGUUAAGUUUGAUAAAAAAUAUGCUUCGAAUCAAUGAAGCUGAACAGAUACUGAAUAAAUAUAAAUCACAAAUUACUAAAGAGGGUUGGUUGAAACGUGUAAGAAAAGGUCAGAUUGCAUGGUUUUGGUGUCGUCUAGCCGGUUUUUAUUUGAUUUAUUCAUUAAGUCCACAGAGUACAGUUCCAGUUGGUUGUAAAAAUUUAAAAAAUUCAUAUAUACAUGUAAUUGGUAAUCAAACAUCUAGCCUAGAGCGCGGAGUAACACAAAGAACAAAUAAACUAUCCAGUAUAUCCACAGAUUUUCAUGAUUCAGCCCAAUUACUUACAUCUAGUUCAGACUCAGAUUCCCUUUUGAUUAGUUUAAAUUGUUCAAAAUUAAAUCAAGAAAGACAGCAGACAAUUAAAAUAUGGACACCGGAACAUGAACCUAUUUAUUUAUUAUGUCCUACGGUUGAAGAAUGUGAACAGUGGAGAGAUAGUCUAAUUCGAGCGACGUUACACUCUCCCACAAUUAUUGAUCCUAGUGACAUACAAAAGUCACCAUUGUCAUCAUCAGCAUCAUCAUCCCUUAAAUUAUUUGAAAAUAUUCGAGAAAUAUGGAAACAACUAGUAAAUUCAUCACAUAUAAAUAAUUUAUAUCAUUCUAUUGUUUCAAUUAAAGAGCCUAUUUCAAAAACUAUAUCAACUGAAUACACUGAGAUUAGUUUACGAUUAUUUAAUCAUUUACUAUUUCUUUGUCAUCCACAAAUUGAUUUAAUUGAAAAUUCAAAUUCACGUACUAUGGAAAUCCCAUUGAACAGUUUAAUCAGUAGUUCACAAUGGUUAACAUUAAAAUACUUAAUUGUGAAACAAUUAGUAUACUUUUGUACAAAAUAUCCCAUUUUAAAAGAUGAACUUUAUUUACAAUUAAUUAAACAGGUCAUUUUUUCUGGUAUACAUACAAAACAAAUACCAAAAGAUGCUUAUAUAAUUUUAUUUAAAAAUAAAAUUAUAAAACGUACUUUCGCAGUACUUACAUGUACUAAAAGUCAAGAAUUAACAGAUGAAUCAAACAUUAUCACUAGUCAUUUGAAAUAUUGUAAUAAUUUUAAACAGAGUGAAGGGAGUACUUUUUAUCUUCAAAUUGGGAAUCGGUAUAAACAAUCAUUAUCUGAAGUUACAUCUCAACUGACAUCGUCACCGAUAGCUAAACUAAUUAUACCACUAACUAAUUUGAAUAAUAAUCGAAAACCAGAACAUUGGUGGCCUUCUAUAGCAAUGUGGGAAUGUUUAUGCUUAUUUUUAGCAUUUAUGUUACCAUCCGAUCCAGUUGUAGAAUGUCUUCAACAAGUUUUCAAGUUAUACAUGGAUCCAAUGCGUUUAAUUACAUCAACAGGAUCAUCCAAUGAAAUUGAUCCAUACGAGAAAGGGAAAUCAGAAAGUGUACAAUUGAAAAUAAGAUAUUUCACAGAAAUCGCUGGCUAUGCAGCAUUUUGUCGUGACACAUUAAACCGAACUAAACUAUAUGGUGGUCGCGAUCAAUAUCCCUCGGUUUUAGAAGUGUUCACUAUAUCUAUUCGUAAUCCUAACACUCAUGUAUAUCCUUUCUCAUUGCCAAUUUACUUACCAUUUGGAUCGAAUUAUGAAGUAGUCAACUUUCAUGGUAGUUCUACAAUACAAGAUUUACAAAUACAAAUUAUUGAAAAACUUGGAUUUCAUGAAAUCAGUUGUAAACAUGCAAUUCUAUUUGGUAUAUAUUUAUGUUUAGGUGAAUCAGUUAUAGAAUCUAAACAUAUUUAUUUAAAUCCACAAUGGAAAAUAUGUGAUAUUAUUUCUAUGCAUGAACAAUUUACAUUAGAAUAUUUAUUCAAUAAUAAUCAAUUAAAACAAGAACAAGAACAAUCACAACAACAAAUUGAUUCAAUUAGAAUUGAUCAAAUUUCAGUUAAACUUUUAUUUAAAGUACAAACAUUUAAAUGGAAAAUUUUACGUAAUUUAAUAUUAAAUAAAUCAAAUAUAUUUUUAUUAAAUUUUAUUGUUCAUCAAAUACAUUCUAGUAUAUUAUCAAAUCAAUAUCAAAUACCAAUAUAUGGUAUUGAUUUUAUUGAUUUAAUUGUUUAUUUAUGUCGUGCUGAUUAUUAUGAUUAUUCAGAAUUACAAAAACGUCAUGAACAUAUAACAUUUAAUGAAUUAAUAAAAAAUUAUUUUCCUAUUCAUUGGUUAUCAUCAUCGUCAUUUUCUUCCUCUAAUAAUGAUAAUAAUCAUUCAAUUGAUUCACAAUCAUUUAUACAACUUAAAUUAAUCAUAUUAGAUCGUUGGACAAAAUUAACUAAAUGUUCAUUAAAUUCAAAAUUUCAUUUCAAUUCUCAUAAAAUAAAUAUAGAUACUACUAAUAAAAAUGAUAAUAUAAUAAAUAAACAAAAUCAUGAAAAUCAAAUAGAUUUAGCUACAUUUUAUGCUUGUUUUAAUUAUUUAAAACAUUUAAAACAUUUAUUCUCAUAUAGAUUUGCAUGUUCGGCAUAUAUUGCUCGUAUAAAUAAUUUAACAUCAAUAAAUAAAAAUCAAUUUAUAUGGAUUGUACCACAAGAUGAAAAAAUCAAUUUAUUAACAUGUGGUAUAUAUAAAUUAACAAAUUUAGAAAUAUUCAAUAAAAUCAAUAUUAUAGAAUCAAAAAAAAUUUAUUGUAUAAAAUCAAUAUUAUAUAAAAAUAUUAUAUCAUAUGGUGGUGAUAAAAAUGGAAUAUUUUUUCUUGUUUAUACUGAAGAUAUAAAUACAUUACAACCAUAUACAACAACAUCUAAAUCUUUUACAAAUCAAGAUUUAUUAUCAAAACGAUAUAUUAAUCAAAUGAAAGAAUCGAAUUACUGUCCAUCUUCUUCUUCUUCUUCACCUUCUUCAUUAUUAUCAUCAAAUUUUAUAAAUAAUAAUAAUAAUCAAAAAAAUAUAUCUCAACAUCAAUCAUAUCAUUAUAAUAAAGAAUGGAAAUUAGCAAAUACACAACAAAAUGUUAUAGUGAAAAAGUUAAAAUUUUUUCUAAUCGAUUUACAUGCAUUAAUGGAUUUAACAAAUGUACUUACAUUUUUAAUUAAUAUACAAAAUAAAAACUGA